AUGUACAAGAACCUGCUCCAGGAGCUGGCCCAGAGGAGCUGCUUCAACCUCCCUUCCUAUACUUGCAUCAGGGAAGGACCCGACCACGUGUCGCGCUUCAAGGCCACCGCCAACUUCAACGGUGAGAUCUUCGAGAGCCCUUCGUACUCCUCCACACUCCGCCAGGCCGAGCAGUCUGUCGCCGAGUUCGUGCUCGGAUCCCUUUCCCACCGCGACCCUUCUCACUCCUUCGUUGCCCGAUUCUGGUAUGUGCUUUCAGAACUUCUUGCCGGUGGUGGAACUUCUCAUAUUGGAAAUGUCUUGAGUGAUUUUGAUGCGGGGAUUGAAGAGGAGAGAGGAGCAGGCGAAGAGGAGAGAGAGAGAGAUGGAUAG